CAAAAAUCGCAAAAAAGAACUCCGGUCUCGCAUGAAGAUUGUCUAAGCAAAAAUUUAGUGAAAUAAUAUGUAAACUCCAAAUUCUGGUGCAUAAAUUCUAUUGCAAUGGCCACGCAAAAGCCGUCCGAGUGGGCUAAUUCGUUGUUGGGCCGUUUCGAGGAGCAGUUGCCAUACCGUAUCGGCCCACAUGGAACUCAAGCCCGAUUGAACCAAGACCAGACCAUGGUCUGUCUCAUUCAAAUAUCACGAUAUCGAUUUUCACUGGUCAUUUCGGGUCUAACGAAAAUGCUUCAACGGGUCAACGAAAUGUUCCAAGCACCGCCGCAAACCCGAGGACAUGAGCCGGAACGUUGCUUCUACGAUUCGUUGAUAAUAAUACUGACUACACUGGAACGUUGUUUAUCCAAUCAGCCGAAAGACACAGCUCGAUUUGAGGAAGCCAUGAAUGUCAAGUUACUUUUACGAGAAAUCUGCCAAUUUAUCGAUGUUCAAAGUGAAAAUAAUUCGACUGCAACGUCGUUGAAGGCACUGGCGUCAAAAGUUCUAUUCGCCCUAUCACAGAAUCACUUCGGUGCAGUGUUCAAUCGAAUAUCGGCUCGAUUGCAGGAGCUCAGUGCCUGUACGAACGAAGAGAAUCCCGAUUACAGUGACAUCGAACUGAUACAACACGUUGACCUGGAUGUGAAUCGACUGAUCAAAUUGCUAACGGAGACGAUUCACAAGUUUCGAUUGUUGAAGAAGUCGGCGCAUUUGAUUUUGUUGAUAUCGCUGGAAAAGGCACUGUGGAAUUGGAUCGAAUUUCAUCCGCAAGAGUUUGCUGAACUGCAACUGAACCACAAUGAGGAGUUGUCCAAGUGCUGCGAAACAUUUUUCGAUAUUUUGGACUCGUACGCUGAGAAUAAGAAGAGCAGAGCGGUUGUAUGGCCACUGCAAAUACUGCUGCUUGUUUUGAGUCCAAAAGUCCUCGAAGAGAUUGUGAAUGCCGACUCGGGUGCUCCAUGCUCGCCGCGACAUUUGAAAAAGAAACAUUUCAUGGAGACCAUCAAACGGGGACUAGGCGUCCAUGCCUCGUCAAAACAGUUGACCGAAACAGCAGCUACCGCUUGCGUGAAGCUAUGCAAAGUGUCGACGUACAUCAAUAUUUGUGAUUCGAGUAAUGUGACCUUUCAGUUGGUCCAGAGUGUCAUUAAUGACUUGAAGACACUGCUGUUCAAUCCGGUUAAGCCGUUUUCGCGUGGACAAGGCUUCAACUUCCAAGACAUCGAUCUCAUGAUUGACUGCUGGGUGUCGUGUUUCCGAAUCAAACCGCACAACAACGAAGCAUUAAAAGUGUGUCUACUGCUAUCCUCACCGCCAGCCUAUCAUUUCGUCAUCGUCAGUUCAUUGCUAAAAAUAGUGACACAACCUCGACUGCCAUGGUGGCCACAAAUUGACUUAGUCUACGUUCGAUCCGGCGAACUGCGUGCAUUAUUUACGGACACACUGAAUAAAGCGACGCAAGGUUACAUAGCACACACACCGUUGAGAAUGAUCACAUCGCUGACUCUCAAAUCGAAAGACGCACAAAAUCGUUUAACGCGACCCGACGAAGGCCCGGCUCACAAGGCCUUGCUUUUGUUGAUGGUUCGAUUAAUCCAUGCCGAUCCGAUGCUGUUGCUAAACAGUUUAGGUAAAGCCGGACACGAAGUACAAAUAUCCACGCUGGAGUUGAUCAACGGACUGGUGAGCUUAGUCCAUCAGCCGACUAUGCCCGAUGUGGCUCAAGAAGCUAUGGAGGCUUUGUUGGCGCUUCAUUCACCGGAUAAAAUCGAAGUAUGGAAUCCCGAAGCACCGAUCAAUACAUUCUGGGACGUCAGUUCUCAGGUCCUGUUUUCCAUAUCGCAAAAGCUCAUCCAACAUCAAAUUGCCAACUACACCGACGUUCUGAAAUGGUUGCGAGAGAUCCUAAUCUGUCGUAAUACGUUCCUGCAACGGCACAAAGAUUAUGCCAACGUGGGCAGCCAAAUUGCAAUCUGUCGCCAAGCGCACAUCAAAUUGGAAGUGGUUUUCUUCAUGUAUCUCUGGUCAGUAGACUUGGAUGCCGUCAUAACGUCACUGUCCUGUUUCGGUUUGCUCUGUGAAGAAGCUGAAAUCCGAUGCGGUUCCGAUGACUACAUACUGCCGAAUUAUCAUUUAUACCAAGAAUUGGCUCAGGCGUCUAGUACAAUCAGUACACCCAACACAGAAUCUCGCUUCUGUUUCUACGAACACACACAAGGCCGUGUUGCACUGCAGAAGAACAUUAUGUCGCUGCUCCGACGCAUCGAACAUUGUGUGAAUGGUGUUCAACCGGCUUGGGAAGAGACGUUCCGCAACUGGGAAAUCAUAAGCAAAAUGUUGCAAUCGUAUCCGAAAGGUAAAGCCGAAGAAGGCCAAGCCGAAAUGUUCCAUCGUACGAUGGUGAAGCGUCGCGCUAGCCACCAAAGUUCCGAACACGAUCUGGAGGAACAGAUAACGGAAUGGGCCAACAUGACAUGGUUUCUGUUGGCACUCGGUGGUGUUUGUUUGCAAAAGCCGCGUUCUCAUCGCAUCAUGGGCCAGAGUACGGUUUCGUUGGGUUCGUUGCUUCAACAAUCGACCACAUCGCUGUCCAGUUCGGCUAGUUCGGGACGUGGAUCGCUACAUCCGAGUACAAGUUCGUUGGUAACGUCGAUCGGGCCGAGUACACAGCUCGAUGUUCAGUAUUGUCCAGUGACGCAAUUCAUCGGCCAGUUACUUCGUUUGCUGGUGUGCAAUAACGAGAAAUUCGGACCUCAGAUGCAGAAGCAUGUCAAAGAGUUAAUUGGUCAAGAAAUGUCAUCUCAAUUGUAUCCGUUGUUGUUCGAUCAGAUUCGGGCCAUUGUGGAGAAAUUCUUUGAUCAGCAAGGGCAGGUCAUCGUAUCGGACAUCAAUACGCAAUUCAUCGAACACACCAUCUACAUCAUGAAGUCCAUUCUGGAUGGCCGUCAGAGCAAAGAACAAAACGAUGGCGAUCAUCAAUCCACGCACUAUUUGGGCGUGACGAGCAUCGAAGGCAUGAUGCUUGGUAUUGUACGUUACGUUCGGCAUUUGGAUAUGACCGUGCAUGCCAUACACAUCAAAACGAAAUUGUGCCAAUUGGUCGAGGUGAUGAUGAAGCGACGUGACGAUCUGGCCUUUCGGCAGGAAAUGAAAUUUCGUAACAAAUUGGUGGAAUAUCUGACCGAUUGGGUGAUGGGUACGAGUCAUCAAAUUGCACCGCCUAGUUCGGGUGACGUCGGAAUCAUUACGAGUACGUCGCUGAUAUUCCGAGAUUUGGACCAAGCGUGCAUGGAGGCGGUGGCUGCUUUGUUGCGAGGAUUGCCACUGCAGCCGGAGGAAUCGGAUCGUGGCGAUUUGAUGGAUGCGAAGAGCGCGUUGUUUUUGAAAUAUUUCACAUUGUUCAUGAACCUGUUGAACGAUUGUGUUGACAGUUCCGAAGCCGAUAAGGACGUGAGCAAUCCACCAUUGUUACAUCCAAGACCACGAAUUACUGCCGGUAAAUUGACUGCCCUGCGAAACGCAACAAUUUGUGCGAUGUCCAAUUUGCUAUCGGCUAACAUCGAUUCGGGCCUCAUGCACUCUAUAGACUUAGGCUACAAUCCUGAUCUUCAGACUCGAGCCGCCUUCAUGGAAGUUCUCACACAAAUUUUGCAACAGGGAACCGAAUUUGACACUCUAGCUGAAACGGUACUUGCGGAUCGUUUCGAACAGUUGGUCCAAUUGGUCACAAUGAUAAGUGACAAGGGAGAAUUGCCUAUUGCCAUGGCAUUGGCAAACGUCGUAACGACCUCUCAGAUGGAUGAAUUGUCAAGGGUGUUGGUUACAUUGUUCGAUGCCAAACACUUGCUGUCACCGCUGUUGUGGAACAUGUUUUAUCGCGAGGUUGAAGUGUCCGAUUGCAUGCAAACGUUAUUCCGUGGAAAUUCGCUGGGCAGUAAGAUCAUGGCGUUUUGCUUCAAAAUUUACGGUUCCAGUUACUUACAAUCACUCCUUGAGCCACUAAUUCGUCCACUGCUCGAAGAACCGAACACCAGUUUUGAGGUGGACACGGCACGAUUGGAACCACAAGAAGACAUCGAACAAAAUCGUCGGAACAUAAUUGCACUGACGCAAAAAGUCUUCGAUGCCAUAACCAAUUCGGCCGACAGAUUUCCGUCUCAGUUACGGUCAAUGUGCCAUUGUCUGUAUCAAGUGUUGAGCAAACGUUUCCCUAAUCUACUGCAAAACAAUAUCGGCGCCGUAGGUACGGUGAUAUUUCUACGAUUCAUCAAUCCAGCCAUUGUGUCGCCACAAGAAUUGGGUAUCGUUGGAAAACAAGUACCCGGAUCAGUGAAACGAGGCCUGAUGUUGAUGAGUAAGAUCUUGCAAAACAUUGCCAACCAUGUCGAGUUCUCGAAGGAACAGCACAUGCUGUGUUUCAACGAUUUCCUGCGAGCCCAUUUCGAAGCUGGUCGAAGAUUCUUCAUUCAAAUUGCUUCCGAUUGCGAAUCAAUCGACCAAACAUCGCACAAUAUGAGCUUCAUAUCCGACGCGAAUGUCUUGGCUUUGCAUCGGUUGCUGUGGACUCAUCAGGAGAAGAUUGGUGACUAUUUGUCAAGCAGCAGAGAUCACAAGGCCGUUGGACGACGUCCAUUCGAUAAGAUGGCAACAUUACUCGCAUACCUUGGACCACCCGAGCACAAGCCGGUCGAUUCACAUCUUCUGUUCUCGUCCUAUGCCCGAUGGAGUUCGAUCGACAUGUCGUCGACGAAUUUCGAGGAGAUUAUGGUCAAACAUCAGAUGCACGAAAAAGAGGAAUUCAAGACACUGAAGUCGAUGAACAUAUUUUAUCAGGCCGGUACCAGCAAGGCAGGCUAUCCGGUUUUCUACUACAUUGCCCGGCGAUAUAAAAUUGGCGAAACUAAUGGCGAUCUACUGAUUUACCAUGUUAUUCUGACGUUGAAACCGUUCUGCCAUUCCCCAUUCGAAGUGGUCAUCGACUUUACGCACACAUGCUCCGAUAACCGGUUCCGAACAGAAUUCUUGCAGAAAUGGUUCUAUGUGCUGCCCGAGGUGGCCUAUGAAAAUGUUCACGCCGUUUACAUUUACAAUUGCAACUCAUGGGUGCGGGAAUACACAAAGUUUCAUGACAGGAUUCUGGCACCACUGAAGGGUAACCGUAAAUUGGUCUUCCUCGAUUCACCGAGUAAACUAAACGAUGCCAUCGAACCGGAACAGCAAAAAUUGCCGGGUGCAACGCUUUCACUGGACGAAGACUUGAAAGUGUUUAACAACGCGCUGAAACUCAGUCACAAGGACACAAAAGUGGCCAUAAAAGUGGGACCAACUGCGUUGCAAAUUACUUCCGCCGAAAAGACCAAAGUACUGGCCCAUUCCGUUCUGCUGAACGAUGUGUACUAUGCUUCCGAAAUCGAAGAGGUGUGCUUGGUGGAUGACAAUCAAUUCACGUUAUCUAUUGCGAACGAAAGCGGUCAAUUGAGUUUCAUCCACAACGACUGCGACAAUAUUGUCCAAGCCAUCAUUCACAUCAGAAAUCGCUGGGAGCUCAGCCAACCGGACAGUGUAACAGUUCAUCAGAAAAUUCGGCCAAAGGAUGUGCCAGGAACAUUGCUGAACAUGGCCCUACUAAAUCUUGGAUCGGCCGAUCCGAAUCUACGUACCGCUGCCUACAAUCAACUGUGCGCAUUGUCGGCGACAUUCGAUUUGAAGAUCGAAGGUCAGCUACUGGAGACACAGGGUCUGUGCAUCCCAUCGAACAACACAAUUUUCAUCAAAUCGGUCAGUGAAAAGCUGGCUCACAAUGAGCCACAUUUGACGCUAGAGUUUUUGGAGGAAUGCAUUCAGGGAUUCCAACGCAGCACCAUCGAAUUGAAGCAUUUGUGUUUGGAGUACAUGACGCCGUGGCUGAAGAAUCUUGUGAAGUUCUGCAAAUCAGCCGACGAUUCUAAAAAACUGAAGGUGUCACAGAUUCUGGAGCGACUAAUCAAUUUGACAAUUGAGCAGAAGGAGAUGUAUCCCUCCAUUCAGGCCAAAAUUUGGGGUUCAAUCGGUCAAAUACCCGAAUUGAUCGACAUGGUGCUGGACAAUUUCAUUCAAAAGUCCGUAACAUCUGGCUUGGGCUCAGCUCAAGUGGAAAUAAUGGCUGACACAGCCGUUGCAUUAGCCUCAGCAAAUGUUCAAUUGGUUGCAAAGAAAGUGAUCGGCCGAUUGUGUCGUGUCAUGGACAAAACGUGUACGAAUCCCACACAGUUCUUGGAACAGCACAUGAUGUGGGACGACAUUGCCAUUCUAGCCCGCUACUUGUUGAUGUUAUCGUUCAAUAAUUGCCUGGACGUUGCUCGCCAUCUGCCCUAUCUCUUUCACACAGUCACAUUUCUGGUGUGUUCCGGAUCGUUGUCGAUGCGAGCGUCAACACAUGGGCUCGUCAUCAACAUCAUCCAUUCGUUAUGUACCUGCACACAACCGUCGUUUACUGAGGACACACAACGCGUUUUGCGAUUGUCGCUCGACGAAUUCUCAUUGCCCAAGUUCUACCUCCUGUUCGGCAUCAGUAAAGUGAAAUCAGCUGCGGUGACAGCUUUCCGAUCUAGUUGUCGCCAUCCGCCCGACAAGUGGUUGGGAAACGAACGAGUCUCACAACCGUUACCGGCUGAUCGUGAACGCUUAUCGCUGCCAUCGCUUGAAGUGAUUACCGAUGCAUUGCUUGAAAUAAUGGAGUCUUGUAUGCGAGACAUUCCCGAUUGCGAUUGGUUGCAAACGUGGACGUCUUUGGCACGUAGUUUUGCAUUUUGCUACAAUCCAGCAUUACAACCCAGAGCAUUGAUUGUGUACGGCUGCAUCAGCAAAAGUGUUACCGACCAAGACGUUAAGCAAUUGUUAAGAAUUUUGGUGAAGGCAUUGGAAUCGUUCAAUGACGUUGUCUUGAUUGAAGCUUUGGUGAUGAGUCUGACACGGAUACAACCUCUACUGCGACCGGAAUCUCCAAUCCAUCGGGCUUUGUUCUGGGUGGCAAUAUCCGUUCUUCAAUUGGAUGAGAUAAGUUUGUACGCAGCCGGCUUAGCAUUGCUCGAACAAAACUUGCACACACUCAACUCACAAGGAACAUUUGACAAGACCACCAUUGUCGAUGUGAUGACAGUAACCAGAGAGCCGCUCGAGUGGCAUUUUAAGCAAUUGGACCAUGCGGUUGGCCUUUCGUUCAAAAGUAAUUUCCAUUUUGCGUUGGUUGGCCACUUGUUGAAAGGUUUCCGUCACCCGACUCCAACAACUGUUUCGCGCACGUCACGAGUACUAACCAUGCUACUGGGCAUCAUUGCCAAACCAUUGCGUCGUGAUAAGUUCGAGGUGACAUCGGAAAGUGUUGCUUAUUUGACGGCGUUAGUUGCAGUGUCCGAAGAGGUACGAUCAAGGUGUCACGUCAAGCACACACUUCCACGAUGGCCCGUCGAAUCGAAUGUCAAUGAAAUCAGCGACACAACAAAUAUGGCAAAUCAUGGGAUGGGAAUGCCAUUAUCGCGUCGCCAGAAAUCGUGGGAUAUACUGGAUCAAUCAGCUAUCGCAUUUGCGCGUCAGCACAAAGUGCCAGCGCAUCAGGAACCUCCCAUCAAUAAGGGGAAAGGAUGGCGAAGUUUUGAUUUGAAUGCCACUGCAACGAAUUCGAUAAAUUCUGCUGUUGCCCAUCAUAACUCAUCAUAUCUACAUGUUUAUCAGCGUCAAGAUUUCAAAAAUCGUAGAUCAUCGUCCGAACCACCGGUUCAAGACACGUCGUCGCCGUCGAUCAGUCGUAGCGCAUUAUUGAAUUUGAAUAGCGCGUGUUUCAGUCGUGAUGCCGUUGAGUGUGAUGAUGGGCAAAGCAAAGACAGUGGGUUUAUUGAAUGUCUGCAAAACAUAUCAUCAUCAGUAGAAGAACGCGGAUCACGGUCGUCUGUAUCAAAUGAAUCGAACGUUCUACUGGACCCGGAAGUUCUGCCAGACUUGUCAACGCAAGCACUAGUCCUAACAGUAUUGGCCACAUUAGUGAAAUACUCCACCGAUGAAACGGAAACGCGAGUUCUCUAUCAGUAUUUAGCUGAAGGAUCCGUUGUUUUUCCACGUGUCUUUCCGGUGAUACAUUCGUUGCUCGAUCAGAAGAUAAACAAUAUCUUGUCGGUGUCGAAUGACCAGCUGGUUUUGAUGGCCGUGCAAAGUAUAAUACAGAAUAUGUUAGCCACAGAAGAUGCGUCACAGCAACAAUUGCAUUUUCUGCAAAGUUGUGGCUUCGGCGGUUUGUGGCGAUUUGCCGGUCCAUUCACAAAGUACAACAUGAUGGGAGAGUCAUCCGAACUGUUUGUCAACUGCUUGGAAGCAAUGGUCGAAACUUGUCUUCCAGUCGAAGAAUCCGCACCAGUUCCACCGUCACCGAGACCAUACCAUUUAAGUUCUAGUCUAAGCAGUUUAACGUUGGGUUCCCCAACCGAUAAGGCAUUCUCGUCAGAAUCGCUGGAUUGUCAUGAUGGAUUCGGCGGAAGUGUGAAUUCAUUGCGCCGAGCUUCUUGUAGCAAGGCUAGAACAACAAAGCACCGUUUAACCGACAGUCCAACUCAUGGAUAGGAUUCAUUUAGAAUGUUUUUUUGAGAAAAGAAAUUUAUUUAUUGCACUGCAUUCAAGUCGUCAGUGUGUGCACGCAUGAUCUCAAUUUUUGUACAUUUUAUUUUCACUCAUUUUGCUUUCGUUCAAUUGAUUUCUUUUUUUCUCCAUUUUAUCGUCCAUUCGGUGCUAGUAAUUCUUAAACACUCAGGGAAAAUAAAAUGAUUUCUGACCAAUAUGCUCCGUUUGCACAAACUGUUCCCUUUGUAAUAUUUUCGGAGAUCAAUUUUUCAUUAUGGGAACGAUUUCCAAAAAUUCGCUUUUGUCCUAACUUUGUGCUCUGUAUUUCCUGCACGAACAACGAAAUCAAAACUCGAAAUUUGCCUCGAUUUAUUGAUAAGAAUAAGAAACGCCACAGUUAACUUCCUGCUGGGGAAACUAUUUCCCAAGUGUUGAUGUGAAUUUCUCCGUUUUACCACUCCAUUGAGAUUUUCUAUUGGCUAUAAUCGGGCUCAGACUUCUUCUGUAGGACACUUGCGAAUUUCGAUUUACAACACAAAUCUAGGGAACCUCAAACAUAAGAGAAACCUUAGAUGCUUGAACUGUAGACGCGUUUUUUUCGAGUCUACAAAGUUUCUUCUUUUGAUCGGUCUUCUCUCUGAAAACGAAUUUGUGAUUUGUGUAAAUGAGAAGUGUUAGUUUUUGUGAUCGGACGUUCCGAAAUCCUUGUCUUGCCUUUAUGUAAACUUUUGUUUGUUUUGUUUUUUUACUCGCGAUAUGAGCAUGUCUUAUGUCUAAGAAAUAUUUUACAUUUUUUACUAAGUUAAGAGAGAUGUUAAUGGUAAGAUUUACGAUUAAGUUAGUGCCAAGGUUUUUCGUCAAUGUCAACGUCAACAUUACUAAACGAAACUGUCCAGAAAUUUUGUUUUUCUAUUUUAGCAUUAGAAUCUCGAUUCGAAUACCAAAUUCCAUUCCUUGCAGCACAUAUAUUUUGGAAGUGAUUCACUAUAAUCAUCAAACGCUUGUAACGAUUAAACACACCUCGAUACCGCGUUUAUGUGCUAAGAACAGCCUGUUCUGAACAGGGCUUAUUAUUAAGAUUGAGAAUUCAAUACAAAAUUCUUGAAACCUGAAAGCUUUAUUGUCUCAACGAAUUGGAUAUUGUUAAAUCUUGUGGUCAUUAGAGGCAACCCACAAAAAUGUUUCAUCUACUUAUUACAGUACAUUGAUGUAAUUUACCCAAAACCAUUCACAUAAAUACCAAAGUUUUCAAAAUAAACAGAAAGUUAACAGCGAGCUCACAUCACACACACACAUUUAUAGCCACACAUGCGCAACACACUCUUUUUCUCUUCAUCUUUUCUUUCGCUCAAUUUUAUCGUACAUACUCACCAUGCCUCGAUAGGUGAGUGGUUAGUGUCGUUGCUUUUCGAAAGAAAUUAUGAUGUUUGGUAUGCUUAGGUUCGAAAUCUCAUGGGGGGCAUGUAGAAAAAAAA